GUAUUUAUAAAUCCCAAUCGUUCCCACCCACGAUUUCCGGUCAUAAGUGGGCAUCUAUGAGAGAAAACGGGAUCCUGAGCAACCCCUGAUUUGACAUUUAUCAUAUAAAACCACAUACGCAAAUAUACCAAUCGCCACAUCUACCACGAUGCUGCUUCCUACUCUAGCUUUGUUUGUCGCGGUCGCCCUCCCAAUAACCAGCGCAUAUCCCAUCACUGGCACCUUCGUGAACUGCCGCUCGGGCCCCUCAACCAAAUUCGACGUCGUCAGAUCCUACGUACUGGGUGACGAAGUCACCCUCACCUGCCAAAUUGCUGGCGAAACCGUCACUGGAGACUAUCUCUGGGAUCUCACAACCGAUGGCUGCUAUGUCGCCGACUACUUUGUAAAGACAGGCACCGUCGGCAUGGUCACGGAAGCGUGCGCUCCCAUCGACGGCCGCUCCUCCAUGAACGGCCCCAUCAGCCGCGAUGAGAUCCUUGCCCGGGGCCAAGUCUGGAUUGAUCUCCACGUCCCGUACUCCCAGUCAGCCGCAUACCCGGACCCAGCUGGAACGGAUUACCGUACCGACUGCUCGGGUUUCAUUGCCAUGGCGGUGCAUGCCUCGGCGCCAGGGGAGUCGACCGUCGGGCUCAUUGAUAUUGGUACGGAGAUCGCGUGGGAGGACCUACAGCCUGGUGACUUUGUUGGGACACUUGGCCCUGGGACGGGUGGGGAUAAUGGACAUGUUACGCUGUUCCACUCGUGGGCUGAUAAUAGUAACACGACCUAUAACACACUGGAGUGCCGCGGUACGGCGUAUGGGUGCGUCGCUUAUCAACGCCCCAUCGGGUGGAAGGAUGGCAGUUUCACCUCGAAGCCUUACAGAUAUAUCCAUGUGGAGUAGAUUAUAGAAGUAGCAUUAGGAUUAUUAUUGGACCAGUUUUUCCUUUUUUAAAGGGCUCGGAUGCGAUGUUGUGAUUAGGGUUAGAAAAUUGAUUAUAAUCAUGAUUAUUUAACGUAUUUCACAUACGAGUGAUGCA